UACAUGUGGUAAUACUUCAUGUUUCUAAGUUAUUAAUUUGUUUAUAUAAUUUUGUGGUUAAAGUGAUGACAAUGGUUUAAAUGUUUCGGAAGGUUUAUUGCUAAAUAUUUUUGAAAUUAAUUUCUAAUGUCCUGUGUUUAAACUACAAAAAAGUAGCAUGGUAGUGCUAACCUAGUUGCUUUGCCGCGAGAUGGCCAAGAGGGUGGCGACGACGAAGCUGGACCACGACAACUGGGACGCGGAGGAGUCCCCGGAGGACGCGGGGACCUACAGCUCGGCACCCACCCACGUCCUCAAGCGGAGGGUCAUCCUGAAGGCCCAGCGGCGGGGCAGGACCGCCAACUCUGCGGAGAGUGGGUCCGCGCCGGCAGUUCCUAACAUAUUCCGAGACAUCAAGCUGACGGGUGUCCCAUCAGCAGCGCCAUCAUUCAGCUUCCUCAGCAAGAAUGAGAGUGAACCUUCGAAAACUGAAACUCCUUCAUCAGUGCCCCAGCCUACUUUUGUUUUCAGCAGCACGGCCCCUACUUCGGUCACCCUCACCAAGACGGCGGAAAAAAUGCAGACCGCGCAGAGCUCGAACACCGUGCCGGAGAACGAAGCUAAAAGCGCUUCAGUUACUAAUUCACACACUAUUUUUGAGACUUCUGGCACGAGUGCAGAAACAAAGUCGAUCGCGCAGAAUACAAGUAGUAGGUUGUUCAGCAACAAAACAUCAACCAUGAGUAGUGGGGCUACUGCAACCACAGGUAAUGCCAUCCCUACCGCUCCACUCCCUCAGACGUCCUUCGGGAACAUUUUCGGCAACCCUGCCCGCAACCCGCAAAGUGCUGACGCGAUGCGCGAGAAAGCGGAGAACAGAACAGACACCGGCCAGUUCAGCUUCGCUCCGGGCGGCAAGAAGGCACGAGCCUCCGCCGAGGAUCUGAAGGAGCUCUUGGUCAAAGAAAAUGCAAACAAGAGCACGGAUUUGACUUCUGCGAACGACUUCAUCGACAAAGAUAAAUAUUACCUGAUGCUCAACGGACUGAACAAAAGCAUCGCGAACUGGAUCAAGGAAAAUGUCGAUAAGAACCCGCACUGCAUCCUCACGCCCAUAUUCAGCGACUACAUAAAUUACUUGAACGACAUAAAGACCAAGUACGGCAAGGUGAGGGCGAGUGGCGCCGCCGGUGAGAAGAACGAAAUGGUGCCAUCAGUUUCACCGGUGCUGUCUCCCAAACGAGACAAGGAGAAAGUUACGGUGAAUGGCAAGGAUAAAGACCAGAGCACCGGCUUCUUGCUGCCCGUAUCCCUGGGCUGCCUCCCGCAGGCGACGGCGUCCGCGAGCAAGCCCCAGGCCCCGACGCCUUUCUCAUCGUUCACGUUCACAUCACAGCAGACAUCCUCUAAACCAGAGGCAGGCGCCCAGUUUGUACUGCCCACGGUUGGCAACACUGCAGAAGCAACGAGCUUCGGCAGCAAGCAGGAAAGUACCUCCGAGUCCACGGCUGAGAAGGCCAAGGACAGCACCGAAGACGACGACGCUGAGCCGCCAGAGCCAGCUGCGACCCCGGUCGUUGAAGAGGGAGCCGUGUACUCCAAGAGGUGCAAGGUGUUCGUGAAGAAGGCAGGGUCGUACCAGGACCGCGGCGUGGGCACGGCCUUCAUCAAGCCCGUGGUGGACGGCACCAAGACACAGCUGGUCGUGCGCGCAGACACCGUGCUGGGCAAUGUGCUGCUCAACACGCUGGUGAGCGCGGCCGUGCCCAUCCAGCGCGUGGGCCCCAACAACGUGGCCGUGGUGUGCGUGCCCACGCCCGACGAGAAGCCCCCCCCCACCACGGUGCUGCUGCGCGUCAAGACCGCAGCCGACGCGGACGAGCUGCAUGACAGCCUCGUCAGCCACAAGAAGUGAGCGCGCAAAGACGCCUGGCGAGGAGCCCGAAUCCCCGCGGCCACGGCUGGCACGGGAGCGACCGCAACCCUGGACGUGCUUGUGAUGUGCUGUUCUGUUGGUUUUACCUCUGUGACGUAUGAAAUAAAAAAUUUUCAUGUUGGUUUUUA